AUGGCUGUUCUUUUGAAUCCUUCCAUUAGAAAAUCAAUAGCUAUUCCUCUGCCUGAUAUGUUAUACAAGAAUCAUAUGAUCGUUCUUGGUUUUGGAGUUUGUCCUGUCACUAUUGAUACCAAGAUCAUCCAGAUCACUCAAUUGCGUUGGGGUUGGGGGAAUGAACUGAAAAGCGAAAUUGGCAACUUUUGGGAAGUUAAGGUUUAUAAGAAAAGUUCGGGGAAAUUUACAAGUCUAUCUGGAAAUCUCCCCAGCAUAUCAAUACAUAUUAUAGGGCGCCAACUAGUUGUUGGUAGGUAUAUCUAUUGGUGUGCUGUAGAUUGUGCAACUGUCGAUAGUGUGUUAAAAACUCGUAAUCUGAUCGUGUCAUUCGAUAUAACUAAUGAGAACUUUGAUGUAAUAGACCUCCCGGACAAGAUAGCUAUUCUCCCUCUCUCACUGUUUUCUGUUUCUAUGUUACGGGAGUCUCUUGUCUUGCUUGAAUACAAUAAAGACGGAUAUGAAAUAUACAAGGAGGAGCAACUUGGUUGUACUGUAUGGAUGGUGGAGCAGGGUGUAGAAAGAUCGUUUACAAAGCUAUUCAGUAUCAAUGCACCAGGUGACUUGAUGACGGUGUUGGGUUUUACGAAGAGGGGGGGACCUAUUAUGGGAGUCCAAGAUUAUAUCUUUGAGUCGACUGAAGAGCUUGUUGUGUAUGAGCCUAACUCUGAACUAAGCAAUCAUCUGAUUAGUGGAUCUGCAUUUAUCGUGAAUUCCUACAUUGAAACGCUAGUUUUGCUCGGUAGCUCUGAUUGCAGUAGCUAUUGA